CAUCAAUUGUAUCUGGCAACCUUGCUCUACGGAAAAUCGUUAAAACACGCCACGAAACUUUGUCACAGCUAAUAUCACUACUCAAGAUAGUCUUAACAACACAACAAAAUCCACAGAUUACCAAAACGACCAAAGACUCCAACAUGAGGCUUCACUGCAUCUUCAUCGCCUGUUCCGUUGUCUUCGCCCUCAGCUGCUCACAGGCACAAAGUAACGCCCAACGUCCUGAUAAAUGCUGCUUUUCACAUUCCAAUUUGAGAAUCCCAGUAAAGCUGGUUGUCGGUUACUAUACAACUAAUUUUGAAUGUCCUAGGAGUGGAAUCAUUUUCUUCUUGAAAUCUGGAAAGGAGAUCUGUGCUGACCCGAACGAGAGAUGGGUUCAGAAACUGAAGAACUUGGUGGAUGCUCGCGCCCAGGAGAUGACAGAGGACGUAGACAUUAAUUAAAAACAAAUCAAGUUUUCAGUAAUUUUUUUAUUCAUUUUUCUUUUAAAGGCACUCUAAGCGAAUCUGUGCAACGUCACUUCUUGUUGAUGUUUGAACUGUUUUAAAAAAAACCACCCCCAAAUCUUUCUUGUCGUUUAUUGGCUGGAACACUUUGUUAUGUUUUGUUGUGCUAGGUUUGGUCAUUGUGUUGUUAUUGCUGUUUGUGAAGCCUGGGCUGUCUACAGAGAACGCGUUUUUUUACAGUUUGAACAGCGGUCAGGUAACAAGCAGAUAGUGAGGAGAUGUUUGCUGUAUGUAACAAAAAAUGUUUUAUGGUCUAAAACGCGUGAAUUCGCUUAGAGCACCUUUAAAUAAAAAAUCUAAAUUUACCUUAAAAAAAAAAAAAACUGGUUAAUGAUUGCUGAAAAGAUUGUGAUUAUACAUUUAUAACCUUUGUUUUUUUUUACAUAACUAUCCACAAAUAAACAAUACAAAACC